CUCGUCUCGGCGUUGACGAAGAUGACUGCGCUUCUAGUCGUGUAACCGCUCUCCAAUCUCGAUUGAUAAUGUUUGGCCUACUUUAUUGAAGUGCCAUUCGUUAUCUGAAGUGAAGAUACUCAAGCGGCUCGUUCUCUCGUCCUUCCAUCUGUCAAAACCGCGUCGUUCCAAUCCACGAAGCACAUCUAUGGCUCAUGUCAGAAUCCAGAGCUGGGUCGUAUCAAAGACAUGCUCAACCACUACCCCAAUCUCGAGGAUCUCAACAUAUCCUACGCGCGUCCCCGCCCCCCAUUCCACCCACAUACCUGCAGACGAACUGUUCUUGUACGGUCGAUGGUCUUGCCUCACGACGCCAUCCCUUACAAACCUCCGCUGUGCCAGUGACGCAUUCAUAUUCGCCCACCCCAGCUUGGACGUCCUCAACGUCGACAUCUUCCCGACUGUGCUAUACCCCAACGUCUCAUAGCACACAAAGACGUCAUCACUGCUGCCUGUCGGAAGAGGCCCGCCCCUGUCCACUAGAACUAGAGACCAUCAGAGCCGCACGACUAUCCGGUCCGUGCGACCCUCUUUGCUCUCCAGCUUCAAGGGGGUCCAUAAAGAAAAUGGAAGCUCAGAGGCUGGACGAUAUCGCGCCUAUGCUCUCUUGGCUCGAUACCGGAAAGAACCUCAGCGGAACCCUGGCUGGAGCAAUCGAUUGGGCGAGGAACUGCCCGGGUUGGUGGCGUUCCAUGGGGUGAACGAGGCUUCUUCAGCUGUCGGUCCGUAGGAACGACGAAGUGGCGAGUUUUCUGGCUUGAAGCUGAAGGAGAAUGGAUCACGAAGAGGAUAGGACUGGACUCGGAAGGUUUCGUCGUUUUUGGUACGGGAGCGAAGUGGGAGGUGAGGCAGUAGGAUGUGCUCUUCACAAUGCCGUUCUGCGCACACUUUGAACGCAUUUGGAAGACUGCUUCAUCGAGAAAAGUACAGAAGCCUUUUGGACAAUUAUUACUUAUUAUUGUUCCCAUCUUCAUGUGGAACGCGAGAUCGGC